AUGUACCAAGCGCUGACGAGAAUAAGCUGUAACGUGCUGCAAACGAGGGGGCUCUUCACAAACAAGCAUUCUUUGGUCAAAUUUGAUUAUAUGAUGCCUUUUGAAGAAAUGAGCAAAUUCAAAAAGAAACCCUUGCCAAGAGAAUAUUUUUCUAAAUUUUCUCUUCUGGCUGAAAACUGGAAACUUAUUGAAGAUGACAACUACACCGUUGUAAAUUGUUUGCCGGAAGGUGCAACUCUAGUGAGAAUAAGCGAUCCCCGCUACAAAUGGUUCGGUCCAUAUAGUGACGAAGUGGAAGUGGCCAACGAUGUUUUCAAACCAAUCAGCAACGGCAAAUUAGAAAUUAUUCGUGCUAGAAUUACACAUUCUGGUACUUACAUCUGUUUAAUAACUUCACAGUCAAAUGCAGAAUUUGAAGUAACAUACUCUCACACCUUUGCAGUUUUCACAGUUCCUGAUAUAUUUUUAUUGAGACAAUACUACAUGCGGUCUGAAAAGUGUUCUCACGAAGCUCAAAUAAGGUGGGCUGAUUUGGCAAUUCGAACGUAUUGUAGAGGGGCUGAAGAAUGUGACUUCAAAGUUGAAAUCGAUACUUGUAUUGAGGCAGCUGAGAAAGAGUUUGAAACGAGAUUUUCAGUUUAUCAGAAGGUACCAUCUCAAGUUUAUAAAAAUCUUUUACCAGACUGCGGGAUGGAUUGCAAAUACAAGACACUAAAAAAGUCAUUACAAGAAGCGUCAACCGGUCUUGCUCAAGAAUUUCACUUAAAUCUCGUCAGAGCUUACAGUCGGCAAACUGAUGAGCUGCGAUAUCAAUCGAAAGAAACAGAAAGUAGUUUUUUCGGUUAUUGUCCCGAUGGUUACGAAAAAUUUAAUGACCAGGUUUGUGUUCCGUGUGAUAAGGGAGCUUACCGAGAAGUGGGCAACGAUUCUCAGGAAUGUACGACUUGUGGAAUUUUUCAUUAUAACGAUAUGAUUGGACAGACAUCUUGCACCAGAUGUCCAAUAUUGAAAUUAACAGUUCGAUACGGCAGUCCCAUAAAGACGGAUUGUAUAUACUUUUUUAAAUCUUGGGCAGUCAUGACAAUUGUUGGCGUGGUUGUUUUAAUUUGUGUCCUACCCAUGAUUUAUUGCGUGGUGUUAAUAAGGAUAAUCACAAAAAUCGUCGUACACAUAUUAACUAAAAUGUGUUGCUCUCUUAAACAAACGGGUGGUCAAAAAACCGCUGAAGGUUUGCAAGAACAGAGAAAAGUUUUAGGUGGAGACGACUCUCCUCAACCAGCUGGGCCAGGCCCGAUGAACCCUCGAGCCGCUACCAUGACACGACCUCAACGUCCUUUUAUGAACAAUCGGAUGAUGGGUGGAAUGAACGUACCACCCCAGAUGAUGGGUGGAGCACCGUCGAUGGGUGGAAUGUACGCACCUGGCGGCAUGUAA